AUGUUUAAGAAGCAACCAAAUCCCAAACCGUCGUCUAAUAUCAAGUCUUCCGAAAGACGUGGUCUUCUAGGGACGGUAUGCAAAGAAUAUGGCAUCAAUAAAGAGGAAUUGGCUAAAGAGAUUGAACUCAAGAUCGUUCCUUCAGUCAUCAAACAAGCAACCUACCAAAGCAUCCAAGGCCAUAAGGGUACUAUUUAUUAUGACACUGACGAAAAACCUGUGUGGUUUAAGACCAGGGAUUCUCCAUUAUAUCCGUCAAUCUAUACCCUUUGGCAGGUAGGAGGCAUUCUUCCUAUAAUUCUAACGAACAACCAUGUUAUCGAGAAAUUAUCUACCAAUGCAAAUCUUAUGUUACCAGGAAGUAUCCCACCAUUUGACCCAAGGGCUACUAGAGGUGCCUUGGUAGGAAUUGCUAGCUAUCAGACCCCCACUGUUGUCAAAGCUAUUGGACAUUGCUCUUUGAACUUGACUCAAUUUGAUAAUGUGGUUGGACGUCAGGGAACUGCUGUUACAAUUAUCCAUGUCAUUGAUGAUGAGCUCAUGAAGCUUUACGAUAAUGAUGUCGAGGUGCCUACUUCUGUAGAGCCUUACCUGCCUUCAGCGUACGAUAAUCUUAACAAGACGCUCAAAGCCUUAUACGGGGAGGAUGAGGAUGAAGAAGAAGAAGAAGAAGAUGAGGAGGGAGAAGAAGCAGCGACAUCUGAAGAUCACCAUGAAGAUGCUGAAGAUGUUCCGGAGGAGACUGGAACAAGUGAUAAUGGGGGUAAUGACGCUGACAACAUUGAAGCAACUUCCCAGGUAGCCGAAGACGAAAAUGCGUCUCAGACAGAAGAGCAAGAUUCCGUCGAAGGAGUAUCAGAAACUCUCUCUGAAUUGCUGGUUGAAGAUAUCGAUAACUUCUUCAACCGUUCGUUCAUUCAGCUGGUAAAACUCAACCCAAAGAUUGAACUUCCAAUCUCUGCAUCAAAUUUUAUGGGACAAUACAUUUUGAAGAAUUUGCCCAAAAUGGACUCCAAAUAUUGCAAUGUGAAGAAGACAUCAUGGAAGAAAAGUGCCAAAUUUCUCAAAUCAUUAGAGAAGCAGAAAUAUUUGCUGCUCAAGGGCAAAGGCGACGAUGUUAGUGUCGUAGCUAUAACGGUACCACCUGAAACGCUAGCCAACUUUGUCACGCAUAAAACGAAUGAUUCAAAUAAAGGCUCAGGGACAACACCUAGCAAGAAGGACCUCGAUAAAAAGUUAUCGGUUGUUUCGCUUUACAAACCAACUAGCAAAACAAGAAUGGUCUACAAUAAGGUCGACAAGGACUUUCAGAAAUUGUACACUCAAGUGCAAUUAAAAGACAUUGUGAACGAGUACAUCAAUGCGGCAUCUUUGGUCGACAAAGCUAAACCGAAGUUUAUCAGUGUGGAUGAACAUCUCAAAGCUGCCACUGGAAUCAAAGAUGAGAAGGUUACAAGAGAUAAAAUUAUUGCACCAUUCACUUCUAACCAUUCUCCUCAUUAUACAAUUCUCAAGCCUGGUGAAACAACUAUUCUGCCUAAGCAAGUUCAUAAGGGCCUGCCACCAAAGAUCAAGAUCUUGACUAGUACGGUCCUCGGCAGGAAAAAAGUCACCACUGUGGUUGAUUUUGAAAAGUUUUUUAUAAAACCAGCUACUCUAGCAGAAGACCUUAAGAACAAAUGUUCUGGAUCAACCUCGGUCGGUCAUAGUGUCCAUAACCCUAAUUUGACCGAAGUGAUGGUGCAAGGUCCCCAUGGACCAACUAUCGUGGAGUAUUUCAAAAACAAAGGUGUUCCAAUUUCAUUCAUUGACUUUGAAGAUAAGAGCAAGGGCAGAAGGAAACGAUAG